AUGAGAGCACUGUUCACAACAUCUGCCAUUCUACGUACUUGCAUCACAAUUAAGAAUAUAAGUUUGUACCUUCAGGUCUACGAUCUCAAAACCAUCAUUGGAGAUUUCUGUUCAGAGCCAUAUCUUUUUUAUCCAUCUCUUUUGCUCUUAUUGUCGCUAUCCUUUUCACCAGCUGCCUGUGAGGUAUGCGAUCCUCUGGACAAAGAAGCAUUACUUGGAUUCAAGCGGCGCAUCACAGCUGAGCCUUAUAACUGUUGCAAUCAUGGAUAUCUUCCUCUGAUUGCCGCUCCUCCUGGAAAGAGCCUGAAGUAUCUUGACUUAUCUGAAAAUCAGAAAACAGGCAGCAUUCCUAAACCCAUUGGUGGAUUUUCAGCACUAGAAGCAUCCUUUUUCAAUUUCGGGUUUAUCUCUCUGAAUUUUUUCCGCAUAUCACAAAACAAGCUGACAGGAAAUUUACCACCAUCCCUUGGAGAGCUCACAAAUGUUCAGAGGCUAAUUCUUGAGAACAACAAGCUAACCGGGAAACUGCCGGCUACAACGGGCCAUCUUGUCCCCCUUACUGAGAUAUACUUAUCCAACAACCGUUUUACAGGCAAGAUGCCCUCAAGUUUCGCCAAUUUGCAAAACCUUCAAGCAUUAGAUUUAUCAAGAAACCUUCUCUUUGGUCAAAUUACAGAACUUACAGACAUUGGAUCUCUUUUUCGGCUUAUUUUAGCAAAAACUAGGAUUAGAGGAGCUGCAAUUAUCAAUAGUUCUAGCUUGUGUGAUGCCCCUCUUCCGCCUUGCAAACAUUCAUAG